AGCUAUCAAAUGGCGCAGAAGCACAGCAUUUUACCAUCAGUGUCGACACCACUGCGUGUUGAGGAACCAUCCGGAGUACCGCUUUCACCAAUCGAAGACCACAGAUCUUUUGAUGAAGAAACUAUGGAUGUUUGCUAA